UUAUAGCCUGAUUCCCUUCUUGUUACUGUUUAUUAUAUAAAAAGAGUGGCCGAUUGUCACUGACAGUUGAUGACAAUUAGUAGCUAGUACAGUUUUAUGUGACAUUAUCUGAAUAUGUGAUAUUAUAUAUUAUAAAUCUCAUAAACGUGCUUACAAUAUAAAAUAAUUUAUGUCUCUCAAGAAUAUUAAUAAUAAGUAUCAUCAGCAUAUCAGUUCCAUAUGCAUAAUAUGUGCGAUAAAACGAAAAAAUCAACACAAAAAAGAGAUGAUUUUACAAUCACUUAUAUUUGACACAAUUAUGACAGACGAAGAAUCUCAGUAUUGUUAAAAUAAUAAGAAUCUCAUCAGUCAGUAUAAAUUAAGCAAUGGCACCCGCAAAAGACAAAUGGAUUAGACGUUUUAUAAUUCCUGAAACAGCAAGACAUAAAAAGGGCUUCACAAUUUACAAAGUCACUUCUAUGGUGUUCUUGAGUUCUUCUCAUGAAGAGAUAUCAAAGGUCUCUGUAUGGAAGCGUUACAAUGAUUUUAAGAAGCUUCAUUCAGAGCUCAGUAAUCUGCAUAAGCGUUUAGGAGUAAAAGAAAGCUUCCCAACUUUUCCCAAAUCGAAAUAUUUCGGCAGAUUUGAGGCUGAAGUUGUAGAAGAAAGAAGAAAAUAUGCCCUUAAAUUUCUGGAAUUUGUAGGACGAUACUCGUACUUAUAUUCCAGUGAUAUUUUUAUAACAUUUUUUGAAAUUAAUCACGUGGAUAAUUGCAAUAGUGAUUGUGCACAUUCCAUAAGCUCUGAUACAUCGGAAGAGGAUCGUAUCGCUGCUUUAAAUAAUUCUGUGCUCACAAGUGAUACCAUAGCACAAAGUACUUUUCAAGUGCCAUGUCUUUCUAAAACAUCUCAUAACGUUCUCACGAACACAUGUUCUACACUGUCAAAUAUUUGUAUAAAUGAGAAUGAAUUUUCUGUGUCUCCAAGAAUAAUUGAAUCUCACAAUACCAUUGAUUUACAGAAUGCAAGUAUUAAGGACGAUGAACAAAACUAUAAAAUGGUGAAGCAAUAUAAGCAAAAUACUACUAAUCAAGACUGUGAUGCACAUAUAAGAAAUACAAAUCUUGACAGUAACAGAGUAACACUAAGUCAGGACGAGUCAGGAUUUGACUGUCUGAAUAACAAUAUUAUUAAGACUCUUUCAAAUUGCAACACUACUCAUUCUAUGUGUUCUAUGACACAAGCAGACUCUGCACAAUAUAUUUUAAUAGCUGCUGGUCAUAUGAGUGCAGCCUUCAAGCACGAAUCUAUAGCAGAAUAUAAAGAAGCUUUCACACAGUACAAACUGGGGAUAUCCUCUCUUAUAACUGGUGUACAGUUAGAUCCAGACAGUACAAGAGCGGCGAGUAUAAAAGAUAAAAUAUCAAAAUAUCUAACACAGGCUGAACAGUUAUUUAAUAGACACUUAAAUUGCAAUAUCUCAUUAGUAAGUAAACCUGUGUCAGAGCUCCAAUACUACAAAGUACUUAAAAUCAUGAAAUCCGUGAUGCUUGCAACAGACAUACGUGCAAAUUGUAACAGAAUCAUAAAGUCUAUAGAAAAAUCUGUUCACGAGGAUAACAUAAAUAACUAUGUAUUAUGCAAACAAGUGCCAUACAUGGUAGAUUUAUACGCAUGUGUUGAAACUGAGACAACUGUUUUUCUGAUCUUACAAAAUAUAAGUUGUGGAAAAUUAUGGGAUUUUAUAAAACUACAUUAUAAAACAUCUAAUAGUUUGAAUUCAAAUCACACAUGUGCAAAUCAUGUCAACAAUGAACUUGAUAGCAACGAAAAUACUCACAAAUUAAGCAAAACAGAUAAAACUAUAGAAAAUGAUAAGUCACAGGAUAAAAAUGUGUGCUUAACAGAUGGACAGAGUGAUAUCUAUAAUAUGGAGGUACCAACUAUACAAUUGUUAGAAAAAUCACAAAAAUUGUUACAAUCCGUAAGUGCGACAUUAAGAAGAAGCAAUUCUAUCGCUAGUCGAUUAAACAAAUCCAAAGAAUUGAAAUAUUCGGAGAACAUGUCACCGCUGAAUGCAAAAAUUAUUACUCAGUUAUCGCGAGAUUCAGAUCUUAAAAGAAAUAACGAUACUAGACGUACCUCUAAUGAGACAAAUACUUUAAACAUCAAUCGUGCCAUUAAUGUAAAUAACCAUUCAACAUCAAAUAACUACUACAAUAUUUAUGAAACACAAUAUCCGCAUAUGUAUAAAGAAAAUAAUGCUGAUGAAGACCAAGAGCUUUGGCAAGUACCUGAGGCUGUAAUUCGAUCAUGGUCAGCUGAAAUUCUUUCAACCCUAGAAGCACUCCAUCAACAGGGUGUCUUUAUUUUCGAUUUCAAACCUGACAAUAUUCUUAUUGACGAUAUGGGCCACAUAAAGCUCACUUAUAUCGUACCUCAGCGUAAUAUAGAAUUGUCAAAACUGAUGUACCCAUAUUCAUCUCCAGAGUCGGCGACCUUUACCCCGACCAUUCUCGUCACGUCUGCCACAGAUAUUUGGAGCUUUGGAAUUAUUUUGUAUGAGUUACUUACCGGCACUAGGUUUGCUGUUAAACAUCCUGGAUUAUUUCAUUCACAUUCCGCAAUUAGCAUUCCUAACAAAUUAUCUGAAAAUGCGAGAACUUUAUUACAUGGUAUUCUGAAAUAUCAUCCAGACGAGCGAUUGACGAUAAACGAAAUAAAGCGUCAUCCGUUCUUUGCAGAAAUUGAUUGGUCCAGCAUAGUCAAUUCUCAAAUAUAAUAUUUAUCAUUAGAUAAUUAACAAAUACAGCUUAAUUGUUAAUAAUUAUGUAGGUGUAUUUAUUAUUGUACAUUCAAAAUCAUAUUAGAACUUAUAUAAACUAAAAAUGUAUCUUAAUACUAUAUAAAGUAGUUACACAAGUUGACAAAAAAAUAAAGGAAAUAUGGAUUCUCUCAUGAAAA